AAAAUCGUCAUUUCGUUUAACGGAGCGUCAAAAUGGUGAACUGCGGUCUUGUGACUCAGAAAAAUGUGCCAGUGCCUCUGAAGAGCAUCUCAGUGGAGGUCCGUGUUCAGGAUCAUGUCUCCACAGUCUCCUCCACUCUGCUGUAUGUGAAUGAGGAAGAGCGCCCCCUGGAGGCCUUGUUCGUGUUCCCUCUGCCCGCUGAUGCUGCUGUCUGCCACUUCAGUGCCAAGAUCGGAGAGCAGGAGAUUGUGGCAGAGGUGCAAGAAAGAGAAACCGCGAGGGAUCGGUAUGAUGAUGCUGUGAGUUCGGGUCAGCAGGCGUUUCUGCUGGAAGAGAGUGCAGAGAGUCCUGAUGUGUUCGGACUGAGUGUCGGGUGUCUGUCGCCGGGUCAGAACGCUGCCGUCACCAUCAUCUACGUCACCGAGCUCGAUGUGCAGGCCGACCACUCGCUGCGCUUCUGUCUGCCGGCUGUACUCAACCCCCGAUACACACCAGCAGGUUCAGGAGCUGGUAUAGUCUCAGAGAUUUCAUCAGUAUGUGGAGCCGUUCCCUACACGCUGACACUCAGUGUCCAUGUGAGCUCUCCAAAGCCCAUCUCCAAAUUAGAGUCCAACUGCACUCUGGAUCCUCUAGUGUUCCUCCACUCGGAUCACACUCAGGCUACGGUGAAUCUGAGUCCUGGUCACAUGUUUGAUAAGGACGUUGAGCUGUUUCUGUACUAUCAGGAUACCCAUCAGCCCUCUGCUAUAGUGGAGGCAGGAGUGGCCACUGCCCCAUCAGGCUCUCUGAUGAGGGACCCAGUGGUCAUGAUAAGUUUGUACCCAGAAUUCCCAGAGGAAGUGAUGUCAUCACUGGCAACACAAGGAGAGUUUAUUUUCGUGAUGGACAGAUCAGGCAGUAUGGGCGAUGUGAUGCAUCAUGGAAAAGGAGCACAGACGCGCAUAGAAAGUGCAAAGGAUACUCUGCUGUUACUGUUGAAGAGUCUGCCCAUGGGAUGCUACUUCAAUAUCUUUGGAUUUGGCUCUCGUUUUGAGGCCUUCUCUUUCUAUGAGAGUGUCGAGUACAAUCAGGACACAAUGGAUCAGGCUAUGAAGAGUGUGAAGAGAAUGAAAGCAGACCUGGGCGGCACAGAGAUUUUACAGCCUCUAAAAUACAUCUACAGUCAGCGCUGUAAGCCCAACCACCCCAGACAGCUGUUCAUCUUCACUGAUGGAGAGGUGGAAAACACUAAAGAGGUGCUGGACCUGGUGAAACAUCAUGUUCACUCUCACAGGUGUUUCUCAUUCGGGAUUGGUGAGGGUGCAAGUAGCGCCCUCAUCACAGGAAUGGCCAGGGAAGGAUCUGGUCACGCUCAGUUCAUCACAGGCACCGACCGCAUGCAGCCCAAAGUGAUGCAGUCCCUCAGGUUUGCGCUGCAGCCCCCUGUGUUUAAAAUCUCUUUGCGCUGGACCCUUCCAGAUGGCAUUAAGGUUGAAAAACUGUCUCAACCCAUCAAAGUGCUCUUCCAGGGUCAAAGGGCACUCAUUUACGCCCAACUUAAAGGAGAGAGUUCAGGAGACUCUGAGGGAAUGGUGACAGUCAAAUACAGGCUUAAAGAUCGACUGGUUACAAACCAGCUCCACUUCUGCCUCAAACCAACUGAGGAAACUGGGUUGGCCGUCCACCGGCUGGCGGCUCGCACCCGGAUCCGUUUUCUGGAGCAGAAAGAAAGGGCUAGUAGUGCGAGGCUGAAGAGCGUCAGGAGAAAGAUAGUGGAGCUCAGUGUUCAGGCAGGAGUAAGCAGUGUUCAUACAGCCUUCAUUGCCGUUAAUAAAGACAGCAGAGAGACUGUGAAAGGACCCCUGUUAAAGAGAAGAGUGCAGACAUACGGGUUUCGACAUUUUCCAAACAGACCAUUGUUAAGAGGCGGAGGUCCCGGCUCGGAUUGUGAAAGCGAUGAGGAGCUUUCAGGGGGAGGAUGUGGUAAGCGACGUUGGUCUCACAACUUGGACCCGUUACUCCAGCUGGUUUCUCUCCAAAAGGCGUCAGGCUGCUGGGAUCUGGACGUCACACUGGCUGAUGCGUUUGGGAAGACGGAGGAGGAGCUGACCAAUCAGAAACCAGCACAGGUGGAGGGGUCAGUAUGGGCCACUCUCCUGGCUCUGAUCUGGUUAUACGGCUGUAAAAUAGACCAGCGGGUCGAGUGGCAGUUUGUGGCCAUGAAGGCGGCGUCGUGGAUCGGCUCUCAGAAAGUGGGCGAUCUGUCUGAGUGUGUGUGUGUGGGUAAUGUCCUGCUCGGAUGUCAGGUGACCAAAGAGACUCUGGGAAUCUGAAGACGUCAGUGUUUCUACUUCCUGUGCCGUCAGAAGACGAAAGAACUGUUACAGUUUCAUUUACUGUUUUUCCUUUACUUGUUUCCUUAAGGUUUAAUCCAUUUAAUUUGUUCAAAUCAACACCGAUUUGUAAAAAUAUAUGUGAGUGACCUGCAAGAUCAUUUGAGUUUUAUGCACCAAAGUAAAAGUAGUUUUGGC